AGACGCGUUCGCUGUUGGUCAGUACCUUCCUUCUUUUUCACCACCUCUAAUUUCAGCUCCAGCAAAUUGCUUGAAUUGGAGCUUUGGUUCUGACGGCAGCGGCAGCAGCAGCAGCAGCAUUACCGUUAGCGACAGUUUUGGGCCGAGGCACCUACAAACCUCCGGUCCUCUUUCUGCCAGAUCGCGGGCCUGUCCCUGUCUGCUCCCACACGCCGGUCGACAGGACCAUGUCGUUGGUAAGCCAGAAUUCGCGCAGCGGCGGCCGCCGCAGUGUAAAUGCCACUGCGCACAACGGCAGCUGGGGUGACAUGCAGGCCCUUAACGCCCCCGAUCUCCCCGUUGCUAUGCCAGACCCGGACCUCCCCCAGGGUCCCAGCGAUCCCCAGAUCCUCCAGGGUGUCUGCACCUCUGAGGGCCCAACCACCUCCGGGCCUCCCACGGUCUCUGAGGGGCAGAGCACGUCGGUGCCGCUCACUGCCUGUGAGGAACCGAGCACCACCGAGCCGCCCACCCCCGGUGAGAGAUCGGGCAGCUGCGUGCCGCCCACUCCCCGUGAGGGACUGAACACCUCCGAGCCGCCGACCGCCUCUGAGGGACCGGGCCCCUCCAAGCAGCUCCCCAUAGGUGAGGGCCCGAGCGCCUCCGAGCCACCCAUCGCCUCUGAGGGAUCCCGCACUUCCAUGCCGCCCAUCCCCCGUGAGGGACUGAACACCUCGGUGCCGCCCACCCCUGGUGAGGGACCGAGCACCUCCAGACCCCCCAGCCCCGGUGAGGGAACAAGCACCUCUGGGCUGUGCACUGCCUCUGAGAGCCCUGCUGCAUUGUCGAGCCCGAACCCCUCCAAGUGUCCCAUUGCUUUGCCAAGCCCUAGCGUUGCCAGGGCCUCUGGGAGACCCAAAGGUGCAGAAGGCCCCAUGGAAUUCCAGGUCCUGAGAGACUGUGAGAACUCCAACUCCAUUACCAUUAUGGGCCUCAGCACUUCCCCAGUCACCCUUACCCUGAAGCCCCAGGACCCUAUGGAACAGAAUGUAGCCGAGUUGCUACAGUUCCUGCUGGUGAAGGAUCAGAGCAAGUACCCCAUCCGAAAGUCUGAAAUGCUGCAAUGUAUUGUUAGAGAAUAUCGCAACCAGUUCUCUGAGAUCCUUAGCCAAGCAGCAGCCCACCUGGAGUGCAUUUUUAGGUUUGAAUUGAGGGAACUUGACCCUGAGCAGCACACCUACAUUCUGCUCAACAAACUGGGACCUGUUCCCUUUGAAGGAUUAGAAGACAGCCCAAAUGGGCCAAAGACGGGCCUCCUGAUGAUGAUCCUAGGACAAAUCCUCCUGAAUGGCAAUCAAGCCAAGGAGGCUGAGAUUUGGGAAAUGCUCUGGAGGAUGGGGGUGCAACGGGAGAGGAGGCUUUCCAUUUUUGGGAACCCAAAGAGACUUCUGUCUGUAGAGUUUGUGUGGCAGCGUUACUUGGACUACAGGCCAGUAACUGACUGUGAACCAGUGGAGUAUGAGUUUUUCUGGGGCCCUCGAUCUCACCUAGAAACCACCAAGAUGAAGAUUUUGAAGUUCAUGGCUAAGAUCUAUAACAAAGAUCCUAUGGACUGGCCAGAGCAAUACAAUGAGGCUCUGGAAGAAGAUGCUAUCAGAGCCGCUGCUGAGGAAUGGCAGGCUUUCCCUCACUUUAGGAGGCCUUUUUUUGAGGAAGUAGCUGCAUAUAUAGCAUCCCCUGAUCCAGAGGCUUCCACCUACUCCUCAAAAUACCACCCCCAUUCAUGGCCUGAAUCAAGAUUGGAGAGCAAGUCAAGAAAGUUGGUGCAGUUAUUUCUGCUUAUGGAUUCAACUAAGCUGCCUAUACCAAAGAAAGGAAUUCUGUACUACAUUGGCCGAGAGUGCAGCAAAGUAUUCCCUGACCUCCUGAAUCGUGCUGCCCGCACCCUAAACCAUGUCUAUGGGACAGAGCUAGUGGUACUUGAUCCCAGGAACCACUCCUAUACCCUGUACAACAGAAGGGAAAUGGAAGAAACCGAAGAGAUCGUAGACAGUCCAAACAGGCCUGGAAACAACUUCUUGAUGCAGGUCCUAAGCUUCAUCUUUAUAAUGGGCAACCACGCCAAGGAGUCUGCAGUCUGGGCCUUUCUGCGGGGCUUAGGUGUUCAAUCUGGGAGAAAGCACGUGAUUACCUGUAGGUAUUUAAGUCAGCGCUACAUAGACAGUUUACGAGUUCCUGACAGCAAUCCAGUGCAAUAUGAGUUUGUAUGGGGUCCUAGAGCCCGCUUGGAAACCUCCAAGAUGAAAGCCCUGCGAUAUGUGGCCAGAAUCCACAGAAGGGAACCACAGGACUGGCCACAGCAGUACAGGGAGGCAAUGGAAGAUGAGGCUAAUAGAGCUGAUGUUGGGCACAGGCAGUUUCUUGUUCACAACUUUAUGUAGAGGAAUGCUACGCAGAGGGGCCUUGAAAGGCCGGGCCCUAGACCCUUGGGUCUCAUGUAUUGGGGGAGUACAUAUUGUAUUUGGUAUUUGUGUUCCAGUUCCAUUUAUGUCUUUUGAAAUUUAAUUCUUGUUUGGUAUCUUAAGAAGUUACAACUGUUUUAAUAUACUGUUCAAUAAGGUAAAUGUGAUUGACUACUUGCUGUCUCUGUUGUAUUUUGUUAUGAGAGUUUUGAUAGCUUUAUAAAGUGUUUUGGGAAUCUUUCCAUCUUGUUGCAUUAUCUGGAAGAGAAUAUAUAGCAUAUAGCUAUAGAUAUAGGUUUCUCUUUGAAAGUCUGAAAAAACUCACCAGUAAAGUGAUCUAGCUGUUAAACAAACAAACAAAUAUAACAACUAAAAAAGCAUUCUAAAUUGUGGCUGGCUUCCCUUUCUGUCUGCUAUUGUGUAAAGAACACUGAUGUUUACCUGUAUUUGCUUUGCUGUACU